AUGUCUCACCGUUUCACGAUGUUUGGACAAACAUCUGAAGAAGAUGGGGCUUCAAGAAGUGUGCACUUAGAGCUACGAUUGAGGUUUUAUGUCGAAAGCACUUCAGAGGAGGUGCCAGAGGCCACAUACCUUUGGGAGGAGACGAGUUCUUUUUCUGUGAACCUCAGAAGUCUGGAGGCGGUAGAGGAGACAUCGCGUCAGAUUCUGCAACACCUGAGCGCUGUCGCUUUCGUGCCGCUUCAUCUUGUGAUCGACGACAUCAGGCUGACGGUGUCCGAGAUGGUCCAUCAAGUAGCUCGUCAGGUAGAUUUGCGAGCCGACGAGUCUCUGGUGAUCGCCUCGACCAUACAUGUUACGUAUCACAUAGACGACGCCGAGGGGGAUGAUGCUUCCAUCGAUAUGGAGGAGUUGGAUCUCGACGAUUCUCAGUUGGUUUAUGAGCCGGCGUCGCACCCUGCAUCGAGGGCAUCGGUGGAUGCCUUGGAGAGGAGAAGGGCGUUGGAGCACGAAGAGAGUGCAGAGAAUCUGUGCGUGGUUUGCCAGGAUGAGGUUGGAACGGGAGACCGCAUAGCUAAGAUGCCGUGCUCCCACGAGUUUCAUGAAGUCUGCAUCCUGGCAUGGCUUGAGCGGGCUCCUUCUUGCCCUACGUGUCGAUUUGAGUUGCCCACGGAUUGA